AUGGAAUCAAUCAAAAUGAAUAAUGGUCAUUCUAUUCCAAUUGUUGGUCUUGGGACAUGGAAUAGUUAUCCAGGGCAAGUUGGAGCGGCUGUGAAAAAAGCCCUAGAAGUUGGUUAUCGACAUGUGGAUUGUGCUCAUGUUUAUGGAAAUGAAGCAGAGAUCGGUGAAGCAUUGGAAGAUGCAUUACAUAGUCUGAAAUUAAAGCGGGAGGAUAUUUUUGUUACUUCAAAGCUAUGGACUACUCACCUUCGAUCUGAAAAUGUUAGGAAAGCCUGUGAAGUGACUUUGAAGAAUUUACGUCUGAAGUAUCUUGACUUAUACUUGAUUCACUGGCCUGUUGCAUUUCAAUAUAGUGAAUCUCUUUUUCCGACUGAUUCGAAUGGAAAGCUGCGUUUAGACAACGUGCCACAUGAAGAAACUUGGAAGGAAAUGGAAAAACUCGUUGAUGAUGGUUUAGUCAAAUCGAUUGGUGUAUCCAACUUCAAUAAACGACAAAUUGAAAAUAUUCUCAAACAUUGUCGUAUUAAACCAGCGAAUUUACAAGUGGAGAUUCAUGCUAAUUUUCCUAAUACAAAAUUAGUUGAAUAUGCUGAAUCGGUUGGUUUAACUGUGACUGCUUAUGCUCCACUUGGUUCACCUGAUGCUUCACCGGGGAGAGUUGAUCUACUUACAGAACCUAGGGUUUUAGACAUUGCUAAGCAUCAUGGUAAAACACCAGCUCAAGUUCUGUUGCGUUAUUUAAUCCAACGAAAUUUGAUAGUAAUUCCGAAAUCUGUUACACCGAAGAGAAUCGAAGAAAACUUUCAGGUGAUGGAUUUUCAAUUGUCAAAAGAGGAAAUGCAUGAUUUACACACGAAAGGAUUAAAUGAGCGUCAGUUGGAAGUUUCGCCAAUGGCCGCUCAUCCUGAAUAUCCAUUCAAAGACGAGUAUUGA